AUGGGCGAAAUUGAGCAGUCGCCUCGAAGACGCCAUAUUCUCUCUUCCAUCAACCCCGACAAUCCUGAAAAGCCCCGAAGCAGAAGGAGAAGUCGAUCGCCGGAUUCUCGACCUCCAGUUAAUGUCCAGAGAGAACAAUCACUUGAUGCGACUUCAGAGCGCGCCGGUGCCCAGCACAACGAUGGAGUCGGCGAUCCUACGGCGCCGAGACCUUCACGUAUUCGGUUGAAGGACCAGCACAGGUCUCGCCGUAGGUCGCGCGACCGCCAUCGACAAAGAGAUCGCGAAGAUGACGACAGUUCCCGGCGGUCGCAUCGCCGUCACCACCGACAUCAUCGACGACAUCGGUCACCUACACCGCCAAACCCCCAUGUACCAGAGCCUUUAGACCCCGAAGCAGCGUUCCGCGAAUCUCUGUUCGAUGCCAUGGCCGACGACGAGGGUGCCGCAUACUGGGAGGGUGUAUAUGGCCAACCCGUUCACGUUUAUUCCAACGAGCGCCUAGGACCUGAAGGCCACCUGGAGCAAAUGACGGAUGAAGAGUAUGCCACCUAUGUCCGACAGAAGAUGUGGGAGAAGACACAUGCUGGUUUGCUCGAGGAGCGUGCUCGCCGCGAUGAAGCCAAGAAGCGCAAAGUCGAGGAAGACCGCCUUGCGCAGAAGCUUCACGAGGACAUGGAGCGCAGCAUACGCCGCGGCGAGGAGCGUAGACAGCGCCGACGUUGGACGCAGAGGUGGGAAGACUACACGACUGCCUGGACAAGCUGGGAUGGCACGCCUGCAACGAUUGCAUGGCCGGUGGAAGGUGGCCGUCUGGAGGAUGUGGAAGAGGCGACUGUGCGCAAGUUUUUUGUUAAUGGCCUGAACCCGCAGGAUAUUGGCGAGAAAGCCUUCGUGGCUAAGCUUCGAGAAGAGCGUGUACGAUGGCAUCCGGACAAGGUUCAGCAGAAGCUGGGAGGGCAGGUUGAUGAAGAUACAAUGAAGGGCGUGACCGCUGUUUUCCAGAUUAUUGAUAAGCUCUGGACGGAUAGUAGACCAAAGGCGUAA